AUGGCUUCUAUGUUCUCCACUGUAUUCUUCGUCAAAGACAACUCAACAUCUAAUAAAUAUACUACCAGUGUUGCUAUUUAUAGAGCAGGAGAUGAUGAAUUUAUUGAGUACAAAUUCAAAGCAUUUCGAAUGGACUCCAGCUUUUGGAUUCUUAACCCUCCCAUUCAAGACCCAGCAAUAACUGAAAACGGACAAGAACUUGAACACAUCGCUGAAAAAUUCAAUACUCAUUCUAGCUCAACUAACCAACUAUAUAAAAAACCAAUAUCUAAUAAACCUAAUGAAAAUAAUAUUAGAGGACCUUUCUAUACCCCAAUCAUACAAACCAACUCACAACAGACUAAUAUUGAUAAAG